AUGCGAAUAGAAACAACGCAAACCGUUUAUUUGACAGCCAAAAUAACGCAGCUGGAGGAAAAAAUCGGAGGUCCUGACGUCAUUACUCCAACCAUGUAUUACUAUGUCGGAAGCGUUCUUCCAAUCGAGUGGACCACACAGCAUUCAUGUGGUUUUAGGAAUACUUUUUGCAACCUUGUCAUUCAGUACAUGUGUGAUGAUACCUCACCGGGUUUAAGAGAUGGUACUCCCCAAUCUGAAACAGACUCAGCUACAGACACCAUUGACGAGAAGAAUAACAACAAUACCCGAUACGGAAUGCAUGAACCAAUGGAGUAUUACAAGAAAUGUAGCACGAGACGAAGAAACAAUGGAUUGUACUUGGCAGACCAGAAGCAACAAAAUCCUGGUUUCUUGCUUCCAACAAGUCCUGCAACUCAUACAAGACAAAACGCAAAUGGAGCCAGACAUGGUUGGGAAUGCCCAGAAGAGAGAGACUAUUAUCCAUAUUGGCAUCCAACACCUUGGAAAGAUAUUGCUAUUUUCACUCAUAAUACUUCCAUGUGUGAAUGGUAUCAAGCAAAUUCAGAGAACGUGGUGGGUCGAUAUGAGUGCCUGACCAAUGAUGGUAAACCUACUGUUUAUAAUGGUGAGCAAGAUUGUAUUAGCGAAGGAAAUUUAUGGGUUCUUUCGAAGCCACACAAACUUAAUCCACCAGAAUGUCUUAGCACUGAUCUAAUCUCAACCAGAGACAAUCAUUUAGGAAGUGCAGUGGAUGUUUCAAGUCAAACCACAACAACACAAUCCAUUACCCCUCAACUGGCAAGAUAUCAUUGGAUGAUUCCGAACGAUGUUCACGAAAGGUGUGUUUUAAGGAUCAGAUAUAACAUCACAACAAUGGAAUUUCACCCAUUUGAAACAGAUUCCAAAUCAAAUUAUCCAAAUCAUCCUCUGAGACAAGAUCCGUUUGAAACAUUUGGGUAUCCCAGUUACAUAUCUUUAGCCAUUAACACAAACCAAUAUGGAAGAACAUUCCAAGACAGAAGCUAUGUGUUCAGAAUUAAAGCUCGUCCACCAAAUAUUCCUGCAUGGGCAACAAUUUACAACCUAAACAUACGAGGAAAGAGAGGAAAUAUUGUACAAACUUUUCCUUCAACCGAGUAUGAUUUUGUGCCAAAUUAUUUGGAAGCAAAAGGAGGAGAUUAUCUCCACAUUCAAUGGACUGGUUCAGAUUACAACCCACAACGAAAUCCCAACGAUGCUGAGGGAGCACCAAACACAGGUGACAGAAGUAAUCUCGUUCAGGCGGACUUUGCUGGUCAAAACUUCCCAAGAAACAUGUCGAGAGUUACCAUGUUUUUGAACAAUGACGGAAAGCCAGAUUAUGAAUUUAUCAUUAGGUUGGCAUUCUUAGACCAAAAUAUUUACAAUACAUCUGAGUGUAUGGAUUGGCAAAGUUUGUUGGAUAAGAAUGGAGGAAAUAAGAAUAAGGCUGAACAAGACAUCAAUAAUUGUGCAAAACUGAACAAUGCUCCUAAUGGACCUUAUUUUGAUGGAGGUCUUCACGAAUUGAAAGCAAACGGAGUCUUUGCAUACAUGUGCACUAGAAACAACAAUUUUUCAAACAGAAGUCAAAAAGGGUUGUUGGUAGUUACAGGCGCAAAAUUCAACGGAGCUGUUGGUGCAAAAAUCUCUGUCACACUUCUUGUUUUAAUAUUAAUAAUUAGUAGUUUAAUAAUGUAA